AGCAAGUGAUAGACAGAGCCUGACAUCCAUCCCGACCUGGUCGCUGCCGAUUCUCCGUCCUCCCCGCAUCCUCCCUCACGGCUCGUCUCGUUCGAACGUGCCCUUGAUGGCGCGCGAUGCACACCACGAGAUAUGCGUGCCGAGCAGCUGUGCCAUCGCCAGCGUUCCUUCGCUUCCUUAGACGCCAGCCCGGUCCUGCCGAGCCGCCGAUAAGAACGCAAAGAUGUCCUGGCAUCCAGCUCGUACGCUAUGCUUCAGCGAGCGCUAGCGACCAGGACGUGAAGCUGCUUCCCGCCCCGAGACAGCAUCCCUCAUGGGAAUCGGCCUACUCCAGAUCAGAACUGCAACGGUAUUCCGCAAACUUUGCGUCGUCGGCAUCCUCAACCAUUCCGCGCGCCCGUAGGCCGUCCUCCAGCGGCGAUACGCAACGGCCAAGGGCCAGGUUGUUCUCCAGCAGCACAAUCAAGUCGCUGUGGAACUAUUUUGGCAUUCGAAAGCAGAAGGGUCACACAAGCCACCAUGGCCCGCACAAUCUGCCUCCGCUGUCGAGCUUCCUGGACGACAGUCAGACGCCUGGGCGAAUCCUCAAACCGUCAAACGAGCUCCGCAUACGAUGUACCGAGUUCGACGAGCAUGGAAACGUCACCCUUGUGAACGGCGAGUUCAAAAAGCAGGAGCUGAUUGCAAAGUAUGGCCUGCUUCCUCGCGACCUGCGCAAGAUCGACUCAACGUACUACCCUCACAUUCUUGUCCGCGAGAGCGCAAUCCUCGUCAACCUCCUUCACCUGCGCGUUCUGAUCAAAAGCGACCGCGUUCUAGUCUUCGACGCCUACGGCAGCACAGAUUCGUAUACCCAAAGCGUCUUCAUGUACGAUCUUGAGGGAAAAUUGCGCCAGGUUGAUGCGCGCUCGAACGGCUCGCUGCCCUACGAGUUUCGCGCCCUCGAAGCAGUGCUCAUAUCCGUCACCACGGGCCUGGAGAGUGAAUUUGAGGGCGUGCGCGACCCUGUCCUUCGGGUGCUGCGCGAUCUGGAAGAGGACAUUGACAGGGAUAAGCUGCGCUACCUGCUCGUCUACAGCAAAAAGUUGGGUACCUUUGAACAGAAGGCGCGCUUGGUCAGAGACGCUCUUGAGGAGCUGCUCGAGGCGGACGACGACCUGGCGGACAUGUAUCUCAGCGAGAAGGCGAGGGGCAAGAUCAGGGCGGAGGACGAUCACACAGAGAUUGAGAUGCUUCUUGAAUCGUAUCACAAGGUUACCGACGAGAUUGUACAGGCGGCCGAGAACUUGGUGAGCAACAUUCGCAACACCGAGGAGAUCGUCCGCGCCAUCCUAGACGCCAAUCGCAACGCACUUAUGCUGCUCGACCUCAAAUUUUCCAUCUGCACGCUAGGUCUUGGCGCAGGCACCUUUAUCGCUGCUCUGUAUGGCAUGAACCUCAAGAACUUCAUCGAGGAAUCGGAUCUCGGAUUCUGGGGCGUCUCCGCCGUCUGCGCCGUUCUCUCCGCCGUCGUCCUACAGUACGGCAUGCGUCGCCUGCGACGCGUCCAGAAAGUGAGCAUGUGGGGUGACUCCCCCCACUACGGGCCGGCGAUGGAGCGACGCAGCUUCGAGGAGCGCGCCUUGUUGGGCCUUGGGAGGGGCUCCGCGGUCACGGGUCUGCCAGGCGUAGGCGUGACCGACCCCCUAGCCACGAAGGCGGAGCGGGCGAGGAGGAUUGCAGAUCGCAUGGAGAAGCACAGGGAAGGGCAAAUACAGCAGCAGCUGGCGAGAAAGAGGAGGAUGGAGCAAAAGAAGUCGAACAGUGGGAACGGCGAAUCCUCCAGCGCGAGUGCAGGUAGCAGCAAUGCGCCGGCUGCGGAUUACAGCGGUUCCGGUAACGGAUUGGGAACAACCUGAUAUAUGUACUGCGAAUCUCUACUCUGGGUGUUUGCGGCGGGCAUAGCGAUGGCGUUUGAUAUCAGCUGACGUUUUUUUUUUUGUGGGGUGUUCUUAUACAAGAGCCUUUUAGACGUAGAAAUCUGGGACAGGGCUAAGGCGUCGUCGGUAUAUCCCAUACAGACUUUAAUGCGGAGAAGCACGUUUCUACCCUUA